GUCUCAUCCACUUAUCGAUUGAAUCUUCAAGUCCCUCUAGCUCGCCAUGUACCCACCGCAGACUCCUCAAACCACCACCAAUCGACAGCCCAGCAUCGACUCUACCACCCAUGCUCGAUACGGAUCCAGAGGACGAGCAGAUCGCGAGAUUUCAGCGUCUCCUUCAGUACGUCAACCCUCCAUGGCUCCUCUACAGGUACCGCGCUAUGUUGACGACGACGGUACGGAGUACUGGAAGCAACCUACCAAAGGCGUACGGCCUCGCUGGGAUAAUGACGGCUACGGGAAGGGCCGCAAAGCAGUCCCUUCCUCUAUGGAGCUGAUCUUGCAGUUCUUCGAGGCAGAUAGCCGUAACUGGUCUAGAUUCAAGGCUGGCUCGUCAGGCCAGAAGGGCGUAUCGGUUGCCGACAACAUCAGGCAGUUCAUGAUCCGUAAUCGGGCCCAGUGGGCUAGAUCACCCGAUAAAAUCAAGCUACAUGUUGAGGACUUCUACCGCAACACGUUUCAGCCUGCUCUCUCCAUUGCGAACGACACAGGCGUUGGCGAGGGCUCCAAAGUGAUCUUCAAGGGCCAGACGUGGGAGAUUCAAGACUUAUCAGAGGAUCUUGAGAAGAUGUGUCCUCGGUUCAAACGAUGGCGAGACGUUAUCGGCGACAAAACUGCCGUAUAUCGUGAUCUUACAGGCUCGAUCGACACCCUCGCCAGCAACAGCGACACCCUAGGCUCGUUCGGACUCAGCCUCGGGCGUGCAGGCGCAAGAGACGGCGACGCGGUGCUGAUUGAUGAGGAGGAUGUCUACGAGUACCUGGACGAUCCCGAGACCGAUGUUGACGCCGACUCAGUGGUGUCAGGGACGCCGGCGCCACCACGAUCGCUGAGGAGCCUACCAGGCUCCUAUUCAUCACAGCAUGAAGACUCAGCGUCGUCGCUGGCCUCAGGAUCCUCGCGCAAGUCAGGGAGAUCAUCAGCAAUGGAGAUCAAGGCUUUCGGGCUCGAGACGGAAAAACGCUUCCUUGCCACCGAUGAGUGGCGCGAGCGCAAGCUCCAGCUCAUGGAGCGUCAACUGAGGCAAGCAGAGGAGCUUGCGCAACGCCAGGCCGAGAAGGAGGCUCGGGACGAGCUGUUCAAAGUCAAGCAGUUGUGGACAACAUCGUAUGCUGCCGUUGCGAGCCACCUAGGCCACGAACAGGCUGUUGAACAUGCGAGGCUGAUGUCCGGGUUCGAUGAGCGUACUCAGACCAUGUAUCGUGGCCCUACGUAGCUUCUGAGGCGAUGAAUUGAAUGUACGGGCUG